GGGCCAGUUUGUUUCAUUGAUUUCAUUUUCGGUAAAAUGUUUUUAUCUUUUUUCCAAUGUUUGGUAGAAGGCUAGCUGUUUUUCUGUAAAAUGACUUGUCGAACUUGAAAUCGGUAAGACAUUUUACACAAUUCUUAACUCCUACCUUUCUCUCUCGUUUAAUAAUGCUCUCUUCCUCGUUCUUCUUCCUUCUUCAAUUUUCUUUGAGAAAUAAAAAACUCUCCGACUCCGAAGUUAGGCUUUGGAAUGAGAUUUAUAAUGAGAAUUCCUUCACUUUCCAGCUUUUGUUUCUGUCCAGUAUCUGAAAGCAAAUUAAAGAAGAAGCCGAGCAAGGGAAAAGCUAAAUCAUCGCUUCCCCAACAUCUGUGCCGUCGAUUUUCACUCGACGAGAUCAGAUUUGCCACCAAUAACUUUGACUCCCAAUUGGUUCUUGGUAAAGGUGGCAGCGCAGUAGUGUAUACAAAGGGUUUUUCGAUGACCGGGCUUCGGUUUUCGCUGUCAAAUACUUGCAGCUCGAAUCCUCACGACAUACAAUACUUGAAGACUUUCGAAAUGAGGUGCAGCUACUUUGCCAGCUGCGCCACCAACAUAUCGCUUCUCUGAUUGGAUUCUGCGAUGAGGAAGACGAAGAUGAUCACAGUGUACAAUUAUAUGAGCCAGGGGACGCUCUUCGAUCAUCUCCAUGGUACUGGUCAUCACGAUCCCCUCCCAUGGAAGCAAAGGUUAGAGAUUUGCAUUGGGGUUGCUUGUGGAUUACAUUAUCUUCAUGCUGGAGCAAAGCGUGCAGUCAUCCACCGUGACAUCAAGACCAAAAACAUUCUUUUAGAUGACCAAAUGGUUUCCAAGAUUGCGGAUUUCACCUUGUCUAAGAUAGGCCCUUUUAGUUUAUCAAACGCUCCCAUCAGAAUAGAGUUACCCCCUCUGGAUGAAAUUGAAUUGCAAACAAGUCGAACGAGGCUGUUUGGUACUGUGGGUUAUGUGGCUCCUGAGCUUUUCAUGGAUACUACUCUUGUGACAGAGAAAUCAGACGUUUACUCAUUUGGGGUUGUUUUGCUUGAAGUACUUUGCGGUAGAAAAGUAUUAAUGUUUGAUGCAGGGGACCAUAAUCAUCGUCAUAUAAUUUCAUGGGUCAAUGAACACCUAAAGAAUGGAACUAUUUGCCAAAUGACGGAUCCAUAUUUGGAAGGGAAAAUAGCCCCGGGUUGCUUACAGAAAUUCCUGGACAUCGCAUUAAGUUGCGUCCAUGUUGGGGAACAUAAACGACCUGCUCUUGGUGAAGUGGAGGUGACAUUAGAGCUUGCUUUGAAGCUCCAAAACAAAGCAGACUCCGAAGUGAAGCGCCUCAAUCCUCAUGGAGAAGCUAUGUAUGAAGAAGUAGUUUUCCCUGCAUCUGCCUUCAGUUUCUCUGAUUAUCAGACUGAUGUACUCUGGCCCCAUGGAAGUUCUCGUGUCGAGGAUACAUUCAGCUGGAAAUCUGAGGAUAUGUUGUCAGACAUUGAAGAGCUGUGCAGAUGACAGUGAAGAUAUGCAAUCUGGGAUGAAUGUUUGGCGGGGUCAAACUAAUUACGUAUGGUUAAGCAGUUGAGGUGUUUCUUAACUUUCUUGACUACUGUCCAUUGAAGAUUUGACGCUUCACAAAGGGAAACCUUCGUUAGUUAAGCAAUAGAGACAGCAAUUUGAAUUUAUUUUAUUUGGAUUUUUUACUGGAAUAAUAUUAAAAAAACACGAAAAUAGGUUGUUGCUAAGAUUAGGUAUUAAAAUGGUAUAUUUGGACAUGUGAAGGGUGUUGCAUAGGCGGCAUCACCCUCAUUUUUUGACACUUUACAGUAAAAAAAUUUAUUUUAGUAGUAGAGGGUGUCAAAUAGGCGGCACCAAUUGUGCUUAUCUGAUAGGCGGCACACCUAGUAUAUUUUCCCCCCAUCUUCCCAUCCAGCUCGUAUCAGUUUGGAAAAAAGAAUUAGUAGAACAACAGAGGGAGAAGAGAAAAAAGAAAAGAAAAGUAAAGAAGAGAAAAGAAAAGAAAAUGUAAUUUUUUUAUUGUUAUUUUUAAAUAUAAUUGAUUAUGAUAAGAAAAAAAAUGUUAGUAUUAUAUAGUUUGUUUAGUGUUAUUUUUAUAUUUUGUUUUAAAGUUAUUUUGUUUAUUGUGAUUUGUUAGUAAAUUUUGUGUUUAGAUUAUUGAAAAUGUUAUCUUGUAAAUUUUUUAAUAUAUUUGAUAUUGUUAGAAAUGACAAUAAAUUUGAUAUUGUUAGAAA